CGUAAUGCUUCUAAGGUUGCUAAUUGGCAAUAAAUUCACAUGUUCACGCUAUACUUUGGCAUUGAAUCUCGAGUUAAGUGAGCUUCCUUCUGGCAAGCAUCAUACUUUGGAGUCAGUCGCGAAAAAUACUUGCGUGUUCGCGGGCUGUUAAGACAGUAGAUGGAAAGGUGAAUGAUGACAGUGAAAUUCGUCUUCUUGCUGCUCAGCGUCAAUGUUGUGGCUUUGGCUCUGCCUUUGAAUUACUAUGCUCCGGAUCUGCUGACCUACAGUUCCUCAAGAAAUGCAAAUGGAUAUGAUUUCAGCUAUUCAACUAUUGAUGGUCAAUCUCGUGAUGAACAUGGCGAAAUUCUUCCCCUGAAGGACGGAGAAAAUGAGAUUGAAGUAUUGGAAGUCAGAGGCUCUUAUUCUUUCACGGGAGACGACAAUCGCAUCUACACUGUGAAUUAUGUGGCUGGAAUCAAUGGCUAUCACGCCAACACAACAAUUACAGAUGCUAUUCCUCAUGAAAAAGUUACAGCUUUUGUUGCUCCGAUUGUUCUAAAAUCCCUCGUUGGAUGACAAUAAAAAUGAUGACGAGUCUCUGAACUUCUUUCGAUAUAAUUCAUUAUUCUGUGUCCAGAAUCUCUUGCAAUGACAAAUUGGUGGUGAAAAGGAGACAAAUAUUUUGAAGAAUUUAUGGUAAUUCCCGAUCGCGUCUAAAAGCCAUCCCGUGUCAUGAAUCCGACAAAAGGAAUUUCUCACUGCCAGACUUGUCGAAAGAUAAACAAAUUGCGCCCGAACAUCCCCCAAAAGCUCUGCAUAACAUGAAAAAUUGCCAAGUUGUUCUGCGCC